CAAAGUGAAAGGUUGUGUGUGAAAAUACGCUCGCGGUUUCUGUCGGUUACUGUUCAAACUGCAAAGUUAGCAAUUGCUAAAACGCGGGCCAUUUGACGCGAAUGCGAAACCGCAACAACAACAACAACAAACCGCCAACGCCCCGCCCCGCCCCCACCUUCACCCCCCAAAAACUCGAUACAAUUCAAUAGCCGAGCGUGACGCAAAAGAAUUUGAAAUCGCCAAUGCCACUGCCAGUGCGCUGGUGUGAGUGCCUAUCUGUGCGCGAGUGUGUGUGAGUGUGUGUGUGCGCGGAUUUGAGAUGCUUUUGGAGCUACGGGCAGUUACGAGCAGCAGCUAAUUAGCAUCGAACCCGCGUAAACAGUGCUUAGUGGGCCGCUCCAAGCGGCUACGGAAUUCGGGCUGCAGCAACAGCAACUCCGAAGCGACGUGAGCGUUUUGCGUGAAGAAAUGACGACCACAAGUCAAAUGGAGAUGAAUCCAAAUGGGGGAAGUACCGGCGAAGGCUUGGAAUCCACUGGCGAAGAGAUGGCAGUUGCUAACAACAGCACAAACUUGAUGCCAGGCAACGUCGUCGUCCAAAAGAAUGUCGCCAGCGUCGUGGGCGCGACCAGCACACAAAGAGCUUUGGAUGCCACCAAACGCAAGAAACUCAAGUCACGCAGCGGAACAGCCACAGCGGAAACCCCAGCAGCUGUGAACAAAAUUAACCGAUCCGGCUUGAGCUACUCCAAGGAUCAUUUGGAUGCCUGGCUGGAGAACUGUUUACGCGACGCCACCAAUGCCCAAUUGUCGUCAUCCUCGGAGUUCUUGGACUUUAUACCGCCCACAGCCAGCGCUCACAAGCAAAUGUUUGUGAGUCAGCAGCAGCAAAUGCAGCAGCAACAACUACAGCAGCAACAGCAGCAGCUGCAGCAGCAACAGCAGCAAGUUCCCAAUCGUUCACAGUCAUAUGGAAUGGGCACGGGCACGCCCUUCAGCCUGGGGAUACAGCGCCACUCGCGCUCGCUGAGCCACCGAUAUCCGAUGCUCUUUCCACCCCAAGGCCUCAACGGCUACGGCAUGGGCAUGGGCUAUGGCGGCGGCGACGGUGGCCAGGAGUUCGCCAGCCUGCCACCCUUGGUCAACAUGAUGGGAGCCGGGGCCGGAGGUACUGGGUCCGAGCAUGAGCCCAAUUCCACGGACGUUUUAGAUGGCAGCGGAAGCAAUCCUAAUUUUAGCCGAGGUUUUCGGUUCAGCGAUCCCUGCCUGCUGAACCCCUCGGACUCCAACGAUUCCAAGUUGAGUGGACAGAACACGCCGGACUGCCGGAAUGGCAAUGCCAGCGGCGGCAGUGGCUGCGAUCUGUCACAGCAGAACAAGUUCUUUGCGGCAUUAAUGGAGCAAAUAAACAUAUUGCACGACACAAAUUCAAAGAUCUGUAGGAAUUUGCAUGAAACAAAAGUCGAUAUCGAAGCUUUAAAGCACCCAGCAGCAGCAGCAGCUGCCAGCAGCCAGGUUUGGACGGGGCCUGGCCUGGGCGGCAUGCGGCACCGUAGAGAUAGCUUGAGCGGAUUAAGCACACAAAGUCAGCCCAUGGUGUUUGGCGGCGGAUUGGGCGGGACGCACAGCCCGGCGCCCACCUUCCAUUCAGGUGCCUACACACCCGGCAUGAUGACCGACGUGGUGCGGGAGGUCAAGGAGGCGGCGCGCGUACGCGAAGAUGCCAUGCUAAGUCGCGUCAAGUCAAUGGUUGAUGAGCGGCAGUGGACCUUAAACGAGGGCAAUGUCCGCAUCCUAAGAGAUAUUGAUGAUCUGAAGUCCCACGUGAUGCAGCUGCGGCUGGAGAGGAAGGAGACCAACAAGCGGCUGUCACAUCUGGAGGCUGAGAACAAGUACCUGCGCCAGGCCCUGGCCGGUUGCUAUAACCAGCGGCAAGCCUCAUCGUAUCGCGACAUUAUCUAUGAAAACGAUAGGGCGCGCGGUUCGCGCAAGCCCUUCCCGAAUGGCGGGGGAGUGCAGGGGCCACGGCGGGCGCAGUCCUUUAACCUGCACUACGGAACUAUGCAUCAGACGCCGACUCAAGCCACACACUCGCUGGAGGAGGAUGACGAGGUGGAGGCGGAGGAGGAGGAGCAACUGGAACACGCAGAGCUGGACAGUGAAGUGCCAACGGUGGCCAGCAAGCGGUUGUCCAGCUCAAGCAAUGAGUCCCGCAGCAAUGGCCUGCACUUGCCCGCAUCAACGCCCCCGCAACAACCACAGCAAUCGGUCCGAAGUCCGCCCACUUUUGCGCUGAUUUCGGAGCAGGUUAACCCGGGGCUGCCGCCGCCACUGUUGCCGCGCAAGAAGGAGCACGCUCAGCUCAAGCGGGAGCUCAGCGAAGCGGCCGCCGCACGUAAGGAGGCAAAUCAGCGUAUAAUUGCCCUUGAAAAAUUGGUUAAAGACCUAAGCGCCCAGGUGGUGGCCAGCCAAUCGUCCGGCUUGAAACCUAACGUGUCUAGUACAGCUCCAGCUCCAACUGCCUCGUCAGUCCUGGCAACGAAAUUCACCGUGGCAGAUGGAGGACCGUUUACAGACUUAUAGUUUUAGCUAUCAGCCACCAAUUCGAAGAAGCGACGGCCGACGGUGCGCGUCACUCAGUUAUAGCAGCAGCCGGAGCGACGACACUUUUACACCUUUUGUUUCAAAAUUAUUUAUAACUCAUUAACCUGCGCAUAAGUUCAAUAACUUAAUUAGCUAGAACAUGCUUCUACCAAGCCAAAACUCUAAAUUUUUACAUCCAAAACUGCGGGUUCAUUCUUUUUUCGUGUGUGUGGGUGUGUUCAUCACUGACUCGCACAAAACCGAAUACUUUAUUACUCUAUUUAUAUUGCCUACACUUUUGUUGUUACUAAAUAUCUAAAAAAUAAUAAUAAUAAUAACGAAUUAAUGAUAUAUCAACAAGAGUACAAGAGUAGAACGAUUGGCAAAGAGAUGACUUCUGAGAGUAUUUAAACUAACGUGUACCUAUUGAAAUGAACAAAAAUCAAAAGUUAGCAUAUAAAGAGACGAUAUUAAAUGAAAAUGAAUUGUCUUAGAUUGUAUAGUUUGUAAACCAUAUAUAUUUGUUAAGUGCCAUUUGAUUAAACAAGUAAAAUACA